AUCUGCGCCUGCAGGAGUUAGAUGAGGAGUGAACGUUACAGGUGGAGCAGGAGCACGAGCACGAGCAGGAGCACGAGCAGGAACAGGAGCAGGAGAGCAGCGGCAGACUGGAGGGUCUUUAGUGCUGCGCACAGCCCAGACAGCUCAGCUCAGCCCCGGUGAGUGAGGGACACCAGCCGCGCCUCGGACUUUUACGCACGGACUUGUUUGCGCGCAGAUUUGUCCCGAAAGUGGAACCAUGACCAGGAUCACCUCCAACAUCCUUCACCAGUAGCCAGAGAGAAUGGCUUCUGCUCCUCCUUCCAGAGAGGACACCAGCAGCUCAUUAGCUCUUCGCUGGAGGCUAACACCGACAUAGAUACACACCACGCAGGACUUCACACUGAAAGCAGGCUGAGCUUAAACAUCCGCAUGAACGUCUGUGAACACACCACUCGUGCCUGAGCGGCACAUGUCCGGGGCAGCGGCGUCCCCGCAGCGUAACAGCAGCUGGACUCAGACCUUGGACCAUGUUCUCUCUCUGAUUAAUGCUGCAGUGGCAGAGCUGGAUCUUUCAGCUCUUCCACACUGAGACAAACCUGGAUUCUGAGCCAUGUCUCUUCACAAAGCUCUGAGCAUCGUCUGUGGAUUGAUGCUGCAUGUUUCACUCGGUGCACUCAACACUCACUGUGCCCCACGCAAGACUGUCCCGUAUCAGAAUGAGCUGAAGAUGUUCAGAGAGGAGGGGAUCUCCAACUACUCCACUAUGUUGAUGAGAGACGACCUGGGCGUGCUGCUGCUGGGAGCCAGAGAGGCCAUAUACGCUCUGGACAUCGACAACAUCUCAGUGAGAAAGUCUGUGGUGUACCAGCGAGUGACCGAGGAGAAGCAGAGGGAGUGCACGUACAAGGGAAAACACGCUGAGGUGGAAUGCCGCAACUACAUUCGAACCCUGCACAGAGUGAAUGACACUGCGAUGUAUGUGUGCGGCACCAAUGCUUUUAGCCCCACAUGUGAUUAUAUGACUUUUGUAAGCGGACAGCUGAAGCUGCAGGGAAAGCAGGAGGAGGGGAAGGGGAAGUGUCCUUUUGAUCCCUUCCAGAGAUACUCCUCCCUCAUGGUUGGAAAUGACCUGUAUUCUGCUACAUCCAUCAACUUCUUGGGCUCCGAGCCUGUGGUCCUGCGCAGCUCAAACUUGGCCCUCCGCACUGAGUUUAAGAGCUCCUGGCUCAGUGAGCCUAACUUCGUCUACAUGGACUUUGUUGGGGAGAGUUUUGACAGUUCAGAUGGCGACGAUGAUAAGGUGUACCUGUUCUUCAGCGAGAACGCCAUGGAGUACGACUUCUACAGCAAAGUCACAGUGUCACGAGUGGCCCGUGUCUGCAAGGGGGAUAUGGGCGGCCAGCGGACGCUGCAGAGGAAAUGGACGUCGUUUCUGAAAGCUCGUCUGGAUUGUUCCCUCCCUGAACCCAGCCUGCCCCCAAUUGUCCAGGAUGUCUUCCUGCUGAAGCACGAGGACUGGAGGAAGAGCGUCUUCUACGCUGUCUUCAAACCGCAAUCGAGUUUGUCCCAGGUUUCUGCUGUGUGCGCGUACAGCGUCUCUGACAUCAGAAAUGUUUUCAAUGAGGGAAAGUUCAAGACACCUGUUGCCGUGGAGACCUCCCAUGUGAAGUGGGUGAUGUACACCGGAGAAGUGCCAGUCCCCAGACCAGGAGCGUGCAUCAAUGAUGUGGCUCGCAAAAUGGGGAUGAACCGCUCUCUGGACCUUCCUGACAAAACCCUCCAGUUCAUCAGAGACCGUCCCCUCAUGGACGAGGCCGUUCCUCCGCUGACAGGAGGGCCGCUGCUGGUCAAGAGGGGAGCUCUGCUGACUCGGAUUGUGGUGGACAGCGUGCUGGCGCUGGACGGACAGAGAUACACUGUCAUGUUUAUUGGCACUGAAAACGGCUUUGUUCAGAAGGCUGUUAACUACGCCGGAGAAAUGUUCAUCAUUGAGGAGAUUCAACUGUUUGAAGACCCUGAGCCGAUCAGCAUCCUGCGCCUCUCAUCCACCAAGGGUCUGCUGUACGCAGGUUCAGAUUUUGGUGCUGUACAGAUGCCAGUCAGUAACUGCAGCCGCUACGACACGUGUGUGGACUGCAUCCUGGCCAGGGAUCCGUACUGUGCCUGGGACUUUUCCACUGGGCGCUGCUCCUCGGUCCACAGCCUAACCCCCGCCCCAAUUACUGCAAUGCAGAGUCUGAAGGAGGGAGACGUCUCACGCUGUCCUCAGCCAGAUCCAGUUGCAGCUGUGGACUUCACCCUCGUCCCACAGAACAACAUCCAGCUGUCCUGCCAGCCCCACUCCAACUUGGCACAGCUCGUCUGGCGUUUCUCUGACCAAACCCUUCGCUCCGACCACAAAUACUACAUCUACAGCGGGGGCCUCCUCAUCUUGGGCGCCUCUGAAUCGGACGCCGGCCUUUACACCUGCGACUCAGUAGAGCAGAUAAACGGCAGAACAUACAACCGAACUGUGGCGGUUUAUCGUUUACAGCUCUGCUCUGGACCUGGAGUGGUGGACAGCACCACUCCUGGCACUGAGGUGACGAAUUCCUCGGACCCUUCUCCCCGUGUGAACACAGCUGCGCCGGGACCAGAGGACCCGUCGUCCCCUGAGACGCACAGCGACACUGGCAGGGUGACUAGUUUGGAGGUGGCCGUGGGUGUGCUCUCGCUGUUUUGCCUCACUCUGAUGGGGGUCAUAUAUUGCAUCUGGAGUGGACGAUGCUUGGCGUGUUUCAGGUUCGCGCCGGUGCUCCAGAGCCCCAGCGAGACCGAGGGGAAGCGGCAGCCGGCGUGUGAAUACAUGCACAUCCAGAAUAGGACGUCAGCGGUAAAGCUUCUGGGGCCUGAAUCUGGGAGACCUUGCACAGCCAAUAAUAAUCACACUGCUGUGGACUUCAAAGGGAACGGCGAGCACCACUUCACACCUAUGGCCAACAUUUCAAGUCUGGAUGGUCUCGGAUACAUAAAUGAUGAGUCAGAGAUUUGACUCUGCUGAGUAACAGGAUUCAGUCGGAGGCCAAUGCCAGUGCACUAAUUAUCUUCCUAUAGGUGUACAUCUGAAGAGAGACGCUUCUCAGAAAACAUUUUCACAUUAUAAAUUCUUUUGAUAGGUGCUCUGCCUCUCCUCGCAAAUUGCCUGCACUGUCUAUCAUUUCCAUACCGUAACAUGGCAGCUGAGGUUCAGUGUAAAGACUUUUUCUGGUGGGAUAUCCACAUUAGGAAAGACAUUUUAUAUAUGUAAAUGUAUUUUUUGUACAAUGACAACUUAAGUGAAUACACUUCAUGUAACAUAUUUGUACAGCCAAGACAUUUUUCUUUUCAGCUAUUUAUUAGUCGCACUGAAUUUUUUUAUUUCAGCCUCAAACUCUUAAUAAUUCUUAGGGUUAGGAUUAAAUAUAGUCGACAACAAGGAACAAGUAGAAAACACUGUGACCUCUCCUCCAUUCCCCAGUCACAUUUCAUUUUAUGGAUACUUCUGUUUAUUUAAGACAACAGUCAUCAUCAUCACUGGCUGUGUAAAUGAUUGAUCAGUUCUCUGUGCUACUCCUUUACUUCAUGGUGGCUGUUAGAGAAUUAACUCCACACAUACAUUUGUAUUUAAACAUUUAAAUGACGCUCAACGGGUGAUACAGAGUAUAAGUGAACUUUAGAACUCCUAUCUCUUCCUUAACCCAAAUAAACCUGAGUCUAUCUUACUCCAGUAAAUGUUACAUCAUCAUUUACAGUUCAAUAGUGUGACCAAGGUUGUUUUGGGCUACUCGUCUAUAUUUUAUAAUCCAGGCACACACUGUUCUUACUGUGAAAAAAGAUAAAAUGUCAUUGGCA